AUGAAAGACAACUACCUCGACAUAGCACGAUUGGUGGUGCAAGCUACACGGCGCAUCAGGAAAUGCGACAAGCAAGCUCGACUCAAGAAAAUUCCAGGGCAAAUUCAUGCGGCCGAAAAGGGAACCGCCUUGCCACACCCAGUGUGCAGCAGUGGCGCCUUUGAUCAUGCCGUACCCAGCACAAGCCGUACGGUCAUAGGAGCUUCAGCGUGUGGCGAAAGCACCGUGCGGGACGCUACUGGCUUCUCACAGAGGGAAAAGUGCGAGGAUCUGAGCGUUGUCUACGGCGACGUCAACCGCGGCCAGAAGCCACCGGGCGAGCGACGCCACACGUGUCAUGUGUGUGACAAAUCAUUUCGAGACAAGAGCAAACUCAAGAGACAUUGGCGCACGCAUACGGGCGAGAAGCGCCAUCAUUGCUUCAUAUGUCAGAAGUCAUUCUCAGAAAAGAACAUCCUCACAGAUCAUAUGCUCACACAUACAGGUGAGAGGCCCCAUCGUUGCAACGUGUGCGAUAAAUCAUUUGUACAAAAGAGUGCCCUCGCAAGACAUCUCCGCGUGCAUACAGGAGAUAAGCCAUAUCAGUGCAGAUCAUGCUAUAAAUCAUUUUCACGAAAUGAUAACCUCAAAGUUCAUUCGAAACGUAACGGACCUGAUAACUCAAGACAAGCAAUCGUGGGCACCUAUUGCACAUCAGCUGGACUUUACCACAGAAAAGCCGAGGGAAACUCGCCUGUAAUUGCGCGCAACAAGUUUGAAAGGUUCGCAGGCUUCUCACAAAGGGAAAAGUGCGAGGACCUGGGCGUUGUCUACGGCGACGUCUACCACGGCCAGACGCCACCUCGGGAGCGACGCCACAUGUGGCGAAUAUGUGACAAAGCAUUUGAAAAGAAGAAAGGUCUCAAGAGGCAUGGGCGCACGCAUACAGGUUUCCUCACAAAACAUCUCCACGCGCAUACAGGCGUUAGGCCAUAUCUAUGUCACUCAUGCGGUAAAUCUUUUACACGAAAGCAUAGCCUUAUAUUACAUAGCCGCACGCAUACAGACAAAGACAAGCUGAGAGCAGCUCACCCGUCAUCACACGCAACAAGCGUGAAAGGUUCUGGGAGGGUAAGGUUCAGCCAAAUCGAAGCCUGCUUCGAGCUUCGACGCAUCACAUCGCAGAAGUCGAAAUACCUCAACGUGGUUUCAGCACUGCCAUCUGACAUCGCUGACGUCGCAGAUGAUGUGCUCGCCUCCACUACAUCGGAGAAGCCCUACGACGAACUAAAAAGCACCGUCCUGAAACGUCUUGAGGUGUCCAAACAGAGCAGGCUGCAACAACUCCUGUCUCAUGAAGAGCUCGGUGACCAGCGUCCCUCACAUAUACUCCACCGAAUGCGUCAGCUGCUGGGCCAACAAGCGUGA